AUGGCUUUCUACGGCUGGCCCAUUUCUCAAUGCCAGUCGCUCUCUACGCCUCUCGCAGGGCAGCUCCAAUCUGGUAUCCGAGUGAUCGACAUACGUCUGGCCGUGAUAAAUAAGCGUCUCAUCGCGUACCACGGAAUCUACCCGCAGCGGGAGCCCUUCCAAAAUAUCCUGUCCACGCUCUUCGAGUUUUUGAGCACGCCCAAGACCUGCCGCGAGACCAUCGUGAUGUCGAUCAAGCAAGAAGACUUCGCAACCACUCCGUCGACCACCUUCUCUCAGCUUGUACACGAUGAGAUUAUGAAUGGUCCCGGCGGCAGAGACAUGUGGUUCCUCGACAACAGGGUGCCCACUUUGGGCGAGGCGCGCGGCAAGGUAGUCAUGUUCAGCCGUUUCGGCGGUGAUGGCGCUGGGUGGGAUCGUGGGCUCGAAGGGAUGGGCCUACAUCCUACUGCUUGGCCAGACAGCGCGAAGAAAGGCUUCACUUGGCAGUGCAAAAACACACUCGUGCGGACACAGGACUGGUACAACAUCCCGUCGUUCCUGUCAAUACCGGAGAAGACCGAGCUGGCUACGCAGGUUCUCGUCCCACCAAAGGACGACCCCGGAUUCCCGACAUUGUCCAUCUCGUUCUUCUCUGCUGCGAGUGUGCCGCUAGCCUUCCCGCCGACGAUCGCGAGGGGCUUCGGAUGGCCUAAGCUCGGCUUCGGCGUCGAGGGUGUCAACGGCCGCCUGGGCACAUGGCUCAUCGACAUGCUGAGCAGCGGCAGCGCGGGCCAUCAGGCCAACCUCCGCGCGUCCCAGGCGGGCGAGAAAGGCAGCAAAGUGCGCAUCCGCGGAUGGGCGCUGCUGGAUUUCUACAGGGAUCCGGAGGACAACGCCGUGGUGCCGCUCCUCAUCGAAUGCAACUACCGCGGGAGGCGGAGCGGCGAGGAGGGCUGGCCGUAA